GAGAGAUCAGAGGGGGAUGGGGUUGCCCAUUCAUGUCACUGCGCCACUGAGGUCUACAAAGCCUCGGCGACAUUACUGCACAUCAGGAUUUAAGUUAAUCUGUCUCGGGCGUUGUGUGUGAGACUUUCCACACUCUCUGGGUCUUGAUUAAAGAUCGUAAUCUGUCAACAGCUGGCACGUCAUGUAAAAACAGUUCAAACGUCUACCUUUCAUGUUCAAGCUCGGGAAGCGCUAUAACAGAUGCUGCUUCUGUGGAGAGCGGUUUCAGACAGCGCACACAUGAAGCAUGGACAGAUAACCAGAGGGAGCUCAUCCACUGCCAAGUUCCCACCCAUCUCCAUGAGAGAGGACCAAUAUCCCCUUCUUUUGAAAAAUAGCGGUCAAUGAACGCAGUUCAUCGACUUCACUUAAGGAUUAGUCUGGCGGGGACCCUAUUUUUACGCAUUUCCAGUCACAUUCAAGCCUGGCGUGUUAUUCAUCCGCCUGCGCAGUUCAACAAGAAGAUCACAGACGGCCAGAUGUGAAACAGACCAGAGAUUGACUGUGAUGAAAGAGAAGCAACAAAAUUGCCAUGUAUCGAGGCUUUAUGUGGGAAGACGUGGCGUGCAUCUGGGAAGUAACCGUAGCAACCGGAGAAUCCUGAACACCCUGCAUAGUUGCUUUACGUAGAAGCAUUAUUUCAUCGCUGACGUCCCAUUUUCAGCACCUUGGACAACGACGAGCACGCUUCACAGUGCGACACGCGGAGGGAAAACGGGAUAAUCGACGAAUAUUUCUCUAUUUACCCAUUCUUCUUCUUCUAUAUCUACAUUUGUCACCGCGGGGAGGACGUAUUGAUUAAUUUUGUAUCUAAAGACCCCGUAAAAUCAAGGCAACAUGGGAACUGUACUCUCAGUCUCCCCGAGCUACCGAAAGGCAGGCCUAUUUGAUGAAAUACCACCCCCUCUGGCACAUUAUACAGCUGUGCAGAACAGUAAAAACGCCAAGGACAAGAGCCUGAAACGGCAGUCGCUCAUCAACGUCCUGCCAUGGAAGCGCAUCGUGGCAGCUUCGGCCAAGAGAAAAGGCUCUAAGAAGCUGGCCUCUGGGGACAGUCAGGAUGAAGAGAGCGUGGGCACCCUCAACAGCCAAAACCUGAAGAAGUCCCAGUCCUGCGCCAACCUCUCCGGCUUCACCCAGGAGCCAGCUGUGAGCUCCAUUCCCACAUCGAAAACCACCGCCAAUGUGGCCUCCACCGCGAAGAGGACCUCCAUUACUGGAUCGGUGGGCCAAGCAACCAACGCGGGCACACCCAAAAGAGUGAUCGUGCAGGCUUCCACCAGCGAGCUCCUGAGGAGCCUGGGCGAGUUCCUGUGCCGGCGCUGCUACCGGUUGAAGCGGCUUUCCCCCGCCGACCCCGUUCUGUGGCUGCGCAGCGUGGACCGGUCCCUCCUGUUGCAGGGCUGGCAGGACCAGGGCUUCAUCACCCCGGCUAACGUGGUCUUCCUCUACAUGCUCUGCCGCGAGGUCAUUUCGGCCGAGGUGUCCAGUGAGCGCGAGCUACAGGCCGAGCUGCUCACUUGCCUUUAUCUGUCCUACUCCUAUAUGGGAAAUGAGAUUUCGUACCCGCUCAAGCCCUUCCUGGUGGAGACGGAUAAGGAUGCCUUCUGGAAUCGCAGUCUGGCGAUCAUCAACCGCAUGAGCAGCAAAAUGCUCCAGCUUAACUCUGACCCGCACUACUUCACACAGGUUUUUGCUGACCUGAAAAACGAAAGUCAAAUGGAGCAGGAGAGCCGGCUGCUUAUAGGCCUGGAUCGAUAAGUUCAAGAAAAGAAAAAUGUGCAUAAAAGGUCUGUGCACAAAAAAAAACAUUGUUUCUUUUUACAAAAAAAACAAAAAAACAAAACAAAACUUUAGUGUCAUUAUUAGUAUUAAAAAGCUUCAAAGCAUAGUUUUGAAGCUUAUUUGUAGCAAUGAAUGCUAGAUCGGCCAUUCUAAGGAAUAGUUCACCUACAAAUUAAAAUGUGACCCUGGAUCAAAAACCACAAAACCAGUCAUAAGGGUUUUUUUUUUUAAAUUGAGAUUUCCAUUGAUGUAUGGUUUGUUAGGAUAGGACAAUAUUUGGCUGAGAUACAACUGUUUGAAUGUCUGGAAUCUGAUUAAAAAAAAAUAUAUAUCAAAAUAUUGAGAAAAUUGCCUUUAAAGUUGUCCAAAUUACAUUCUUAGCAAUGCAUAUUACUAAUCAAAAAUUAAGUUUUGAUAUAUUUACAGUAGGAAAUUUACAAAAUAAAUAAUAAUUUUGAAUAAUUUUAAAAUUGUUGGCUAUUGCUACAUAUAUACCCUUGCUACUUACGACUGGUUUUGUGGUCCAGGCUCACAAAUUUGUACACUUUUACUCAUCUUUAGGCCAUCCAAGAUGAAAUGAGUUUGUUUCUUCAUCACAACAGAUUCGGAGAAAUGCAACAUUACAUGACUUGCUCACCAAUGGAUCCUCUGAAUGGGUGCCAUCAGAAUGAAAGCCCAAACGGCUGAUAAAAACAUCACAGCAAUCCACAAAACUCAGGUUCAACAGUUAAUGUCUUGUGAAGCGAAAAGCUAUGCGUUUGUAAGAAACAAAUUCAUCAUUAAGACUUCCAUCUAAAAUAUGAGUCCUCUAUCCGUUUAUUAUUGUUUUUAUCAGUGAUCAGGAGAGAAAAAUAACACAGAUAAACCACCAUUUACAAGUGAAAGCUGUUCAAAAUGAUUUUAAACAAAGAUUUUGGUGGAUUUUGAUGUGAGAGGACAACAGGAGAUGGGCAUUCCACUGGAGGAAGCGUUAUUAUGGAUUAUGGACUCAUAGUUUGGCUAGAAAUGACAGUUUAAAGUUAAAACGUCUUACAAACAUUACAAACAUUAAGCGUUUCUCUUCACAAGACAUUAAUUGAUGAACUGUAGUCGUGUGGAUUACUGUGAUGUUUUUAUCAGCUGUUGGGACUCUCAUUCUGAUGGCACCCAUUCACUUCAGUUGAUUUAUUAGUGAGCAAGUGAUGUAAUGUUAAUUUUCUCCAAGUCUGUUCUGAUGAACAAACUCAUCUACAUAUUGGAUGCCCAAAGGGUGAGUAAAUGUUGAGCAAAGUUUCAUUUUUUAGUGAACUAUUCCUUUAAAAUCUGACCAAGAUGCAGGACGACACCUUGCCAGCCAACAAGGUGUUCAUUGAAUGGUCGUGUGGCGUUCCUGAGGUCAACGAACCAACUGCGGGAUCUACCGACCGUGCAGCAUGUUGACCUUUCCAAGUGAUUCCAUCCAUACACAAACAUGAGCAGCAGUCUUUAGGACUCCCAAUAAAAAUGCUUCUUGACUCACAAUGAAGACUUGACGGCGUUAAUCUGAAAGCUCAGCUUGUGCUGUAUUCUUACAACAGACUGAGUCGUUUGAAAACGAGAGCCAAGAUAGCAACACUUUCAAAAUUCUACAAACCAAAGACUCUAGUUUGACCUUCUGCAAUUUCUACAUUCACAAAAAUCUUACAACAUUGAUGAAGCGAUAUACGAGGACCAUGAACUGCUGCUCUUGCAUGGCAUCACGUUUUCAACAUGUUAUGUUUGUUUAGCAUAUCUUAGUGGCCUUUAAAGAAGGUCUGGGUCGUAAACUGCUGCAGGUUCAAGGCCAUUUGAUGAGGUGGUCUUUCCAAACAUACAUCAGUUGUUGUUGUUAAAGACAUUCUAUAUUAAGGAAGUUUAUGAUGCUUUAUGAGCUAAAAUCUUCACGAUUUGUGAUGAAGAAACAACCGCACCGCUUCCAACAGAACAGAAUCUUUCACCUUGAGAAGGAGACGUCUUUUCCUACCUUUUGUCAUCGUGAAAAGAACUGAAUAGAGAACAAACAAAUGGAGAAGUAGAUAUUUUACGUAUUUCCAACAGCAAGUACUGUAUGUUCUUAUACGGGUGUCAAUGCAUGCUUCUUUGACCAACCACACACUUUUUAAAAGAUCUUUGUUUAUGAUUUGAUGGUCACAAUUUUUGUAUGAUGUACUUUUUGGACGGCGUUCCAAAAAUAAUGUGCCAUAAAAGUCAGCUAGAAGUACACUAAGUUUUUGUAGCCUUCUCAUUAGGAAAGGAGUAUUUUUGAAAGAGCAAGGGGGAGAAGGAACAUUAUAGAAAGACUUGAGGAGGAGACAUACAGUGUCACAAAUAUUUUGUUAAAAAAGAAAGGAAAAAUUGCUUAUAUUAUUAGAAAAUCGCCAUUGCUUUCAGUCCAUUAUAGGUCCAGAACACUAUUUUCAUAAUUAUGCAUACAUAAAAACAAACCCUAGUUAUUUUAAAUACACAAAAGCCCUAUAUCAAAUACAGGAAACAAUGCAAAACAUAAUAGUGCAAAGGUUACAUGCAUUUAAAUCAGAAAAGGUUAUUUUAUACUUUUAAGUCAGCCUGUUAAAAGCACUUACAAAAAUUUUAAAUGUUCAUUUUGCCUUCUUCUCUUCCGCUUUUUAAUGCUCUCUCACAUAUCUGAGAUUGAGUAUUAACAAUUUUGAGAGCACAGUUGAUUUACUUCUAUAAUUUGAUACACAUUGCAAUCCAGUGUUAAUAAUAGAUGGGUUGCUGAUGAAGUGAUGUAAUCAGUAAUCAUUCUGAGAACGAGGUGCACUCGUUCCUGUGAACGAGAGAUUUUCACAAGUAUUUUUCGAUACAUUGUUCGCUCGUUAUUCAAGCUUCAGUAUGUGACAAGCGCUCUCAAGUUAAAGGUGAUGAAAGAGGGACUUUAAAGCAGUUCACAGAUGUAAUAUUAACAUUUGCAAAGGGCCGUUUAAGUCUUAAGAGGCCUCUAUAGAAGUACAGCAGCUUUUCAAUAUGCAAAUGAUUGAGAUACUGAUGACUUGUAAGACACUGAGAUGAAUUAUCUGUAGCACACAAAAACUGAUCAAAUCAACUCAGAUGGCAGGUCGUCUGUGACCUGAUUGCACUACGUUUAGCAAUAUGCACAUUUGAAGUUUUAAAGAUCAAUGACUGACAAAAGCUAACAGACCACAGUCUUUAAAUCCAUAUAUUUGUCUUUUGUCAUUUCAGCACAUGGCUAUUUACAUAUUUCUGAUCAUUUGCUGAUAGUGCUUUUACAUUUAUCCCCCAUAUUUUGUGUCUGGCCUCAUUCUGAUAAAACACUUAUGGUGCUAUUAAUGCAGAUAUCACAUUUUACCCAUAACAAGACCUUUCUCAUUGGUUAGCUGAAUGUAGUGAAGUUUUGUACAUAUAGGGCAAAAAGACUGUACGUGCAUUGAUGCUACAACAAAAAUGGCUCCAUUGGUAGAACGGGAUUCUGGAUGUGAUGAUAACAGAAAGGCCAUUAAUUACAGCAACUCUGUUCUUGUCAUAGAUAAUGAAAGAGGCAAAAUUGUGUUAUUAUGUUUUAUACAAUCUUUGUGGUUGAUGUAACAUUCUUCAACAGAAAAAAAAAAACUGUAUAGCAACAAAAGACUCAAAUAUGAUUUUCUCUUUUCUUUAUGUUUCACGUUGUGUGAACUUUGUUGAUCAAAAUGAAACAAAAAUGAGAUGUAACUAAUAUAUUUAAAGAAGCAAUCUGUUACAGUAUAUGGGUGUGUAUGAAUGUGAGUUUGUGCAAUGACUUUGGUCAAUUCUUCUAUCUACUUUAUAUAAAAAUGUGCAUUUGCAAGCAAAAACA